CGCAUAUUAAUGUCUGUCUGUUUUAAAACUCUUUGGUGUUCUGUUUUUGAAGGAAAAAUGUCGAGCAGCUUUCUCUAAUUCUGCUUCCAAGAUUCUCAAGUUUCCGUUACUCGGUUCUAGUCAGUGUAACGUUGCAGCACCGUUACUUUGUGCCCGGUAUCCUGCCGCCUCGAGCGCCCCUUGGCAGAUGGCAGCACGAGGUAAUCUUCUUAAUACCGCGUGCCGCAUGUUCUGAAUGAGAGAGGAAAGAGGGAGACGAAAAAUAGCAGCUUCAACAAGUUUAGGUUGUACUGGCAUGAUAUCCCUCGGUAAACUCGGAGCCUUAAACGACGAGCGAGGUAAUUUAGUCACGUUUUGAAAGGACUACUUUUUGGGGAGCGGCAUUUGUUAACGGUGACGGACAGGUGUGCUGGACAACCUGUUGGGGACUUGCUUUCUUUGACUCACGCCAGAACAAGUUGAAUGCUUGUCGACGCUGCAUGUGAUGGGGAGAGAGCUUUGUGCAGGGGGUCCAAAACAGAUUGUGAAAUCCUACCUAUCAUGCGAAGGCUUUGGUUGUGGUUUGCUUGAGUGUGUAGGUGUGGGGUUGAGGGACAGAGACUGUGUAACAGAGGACUAAUCUUGGGAGCUUCACCCUAGGGGCACUGGCCUGUAAAAAUGUCCCUGUAACCCUGGAAUCAUGAAACCAUGACAGUCAUCACUUAUUCAAACAGUGAGGGGAGGCUUCAGAACAAAAUUCCGGUUCUUGAACAUCCCUCAGCCUGUGGGGAUGUUCCAGAAUCCAUGUCUGACAUUCUAGAACCUGGAACCAUGCUGGACUCCUUAAAGAUUCAAGAAUAUUAUGGGGUCAAACACACAAAGAUGAGUAAAGAGAAGAGUGAUAUUAAAGAACAAAGUAUUCAUAGGAAGUUUCAAACAAUGGGACAAGGAAUCAACAGUUGCAGAAAAGAUGUAAAAGGAUAUCUUAAGUUGGUUAAUGGAGAGAACAAGAAUGAACCAAAUCUCACAUGGAUGUGUUCAUUUGGAAAAAACGGGAGUGGAAUCCUGCAAAGAGAAAAAAUAGUGCAGAAUGAGCUUGUGUUUGCAUUAACACAUCAAAGCAUCCAUGAAGAAAAAUAUAAGAUGAAUUUCUUCAGACUGAAGUGGCAUAAAGUCUGGUUCUGGUUACUUCUUAUGUUCCUAAGCGUAUAUCCUAAACCUGCUUCAUCACAGGGACAUUUCCCACGAAUGGAGAAUAUUGCAGCUUUCAAGCCUGUGUCAACCUCACCGCUUCGCUCCACCUGUGGCGUUUCGGAGCAGAGCAGCUACUGCCAGUUACCUUCCUCACAGGAUGAACUGCAUUUGUGUUUUCAAUUAAUGUGUGUCCAGGAGUGCCCCUAUAGAUCCUCCACACCACCUUAUGCCCCACUGCUGUUAGCAGCACACAGGAGUACGUGUGUAACUGAAGACACUGUUGACACUCAUCCUGGGACUCAGACAGAGGCUGAAAGCAAAACAAGUUCAGAUGGACUUUUUGCUGGACCUGAUGGUAUACUGUUUCAACCCAGCAGAGAUGGAUGUCUGGUCACUCCUCCUUCACAGGCAAUAGGACCACGUGGUUCCCUCACCUUGGCAGUGUGGUUAAAACCAAGCUCUACUGGGGAGAUGACGGUACUGGAGAAGAGCUCAGAGAAGCAUUUGGUUUUUUCUCUGACAGCGUCUGAGCGGGCUGUAACCUUCAGAUAUGGUCAAACCAACAAUCCAACCUCUCUGAUGGUAAGCUUCAGAACAGAGGGCCGGCUACUGCUAAACAGGUGGACACAUCUUACUUUGCAGUUCCUCCUGCUAUGCUGCCCCAGUUGGCGAACUCUGAUCUAUGACCAACGAGCAAGUCUUUUCCUGGAUGGGCUUGAGGAGGACGGAACACCUUUCGACACAAAACAUCUGAUCAGCACGCUCUCUGAUAUCAGCGAGUAUGGUGCCAUGUGGGUGGGACUUAGCUCCAAUGGGUCUAAUCAGUUCAUUGGGCGGAUGCAGGACUUUAGAUUUUAUCCCACUACAUUGACCAACAGGGAAAUAGUCCAGUUGUACUCUGGAGUCAUGUCGAAGCUCCAUGUCCAGCCUGAGUGCCGCUGUCCUCCCAGCCACCCCAGAGUACACCCAUUAGUUGAGAGGUACUGUAUUCCUAAUGCUGUUGAGGACACCACUAAUGACAGGGUCUUGAGACUAAACAUCAACGCUCAUCCACUUAGUUACAUUAAUGACCAGGACAUGGGCACCAUGUGGGUGUCUAAGGUCAUGAGUUUACAAGAACUGGAUGAAGGAGUCACUAUUACGGUGGAUUUGGCAAAUGGACAAUACCAGGUGUUUUACGUCAUAGUACAGUUUGGGGGACUUUUGCCUGAGUCAAUUUUGAUCCAGAGAAGAAAGCUUGACUUCUCACAGCAUGAGACUGGUAGUGUUACAGAACAGCCCUGGUUGGACUGGCAGUAUAUGGCCAGAAACUGCAAUGUGUUUGAUAUGCAGAACAAUGGACCACUACCAAGACCAGACUCAAUCAACUGUCUGCAGAUGCCCAGCAGUGAUGUGCCACUCUUAGGAGGUAACAUCACCUUCAGUCUGCUGACCACACAGCCACAUUUGAGACCAGGAUAUAAUGACUUCUACAAAACUCCAGCCCUGCAAGAGAUGGUACAAGCUGCACAGGUCAGAAUACAUAUAAAAGGGCAAUACCACACUGGAGCAGUCGGGGUCAACCAGCAACACAGACACUUUGUCAUUAGUGAGAUCACAAUCAGUGGCAGAUGUGAGUGUCACGGCCAUGCAGACCAGUGUGACACCAGUAUGACCCCGUACCGCUGUAUGUGUCUACCUGCGAGCCACACAGUUGGAAAUAAUUGUGAGAAUUGUGCACCACUUUACAAUGAUAAACCCUUCAGGUCAGGUAAUCAGCUCCAGCCUAUGAACUGUCGACUCUGUCUGUGUUAUGGCCACGCCAUCUCUUGUCAUUAUGAUGUCCAAGCUGAUGAGCAUCCAGAUGAGCACUAUCGAGGAGGAGGAGGAGUCUGUGACCUCUGCAUGCACAACACUACAGGAAAGAACUGUGAGCUCUGUAUAAGUGGAUUCUUCAGGCAGCAGGACUCUGAUCCAACCUCCGCUCAUGUGUGUCAGCCCUGCAACUGCAACACUGCUGGUACUGUCAAAGGUAACACAGAGUGUGCCCAGAUUGGAGGACAGUGUAACUGCAAGGCUGCAGUGACAGGCCGUAACUGUAGUUAUUGUUUGCCCGGUUGGUAUGGUCUCAGUGCCACAAAUCCAAACGGCUGCACAUUCUGUAACUGUAGUGACCAAGGCACCGUUAGCACCUCAUCAACAGGAGCAGUUUCCAUCUGCAACCACUACACUGGGCAGUGUCAGUGUAAACUCCAUGUCACAGGUUUGUCAUGUGACCAUUGUGAGUUUGGAUAUUGGAAUCUUUCCCACCCAGAUGGCUGCAUCCCAUGUAACUGUGACCCCUUGGGUUCCCUCAGUUCAUUUUGUGAGCCUGAUGGGGGGCAGUGCGAGUGUAAGCCUGGGGUGGGAGGCCGGCAAUGUGACUCCUGCGGCAGGGGCUUGUAUGGUUUAAGACUCGAGGGAUCCUGUGCCCCUUGCAACUGCUCACAUGAUGGGACGGUACCUGGGACAAACUGCGACCCGUACACAGGCCAGUGUGUAUGUAAGAAACAUGUAGAGGGCCAUCAUUGUGAUUCAUGCCGUCAUGGUUACCACACACUGGAGCAGCGCAACAGCCUGGGCUGCUUGCCGUGUGUGUGCGACAUCAGUGGAACUGUGUCGGAGGGUGUGUGUGACAUGAAGACUGGACAAUGCCCCUGCAAGGAAGGAGUGGAGGGUGCCCACUGUAGCAGCUGUGCUCAAAACUUCUUUAACAGUAGUUUAGACCUUGAAAAAGGUUUGUCCCAUGGCUGUGUGCCAUGUAUCUGCGACCCCAGGGGAACAGUAACGGGGUCAACUUGUGACAGCACCACGGGGCAAUGCGUUUGUAUCCCAUCACGACAUGGAAAGGACUGUAGUAGCUGCAGACCCGGCUUCUACCUCACUCCAGAUUACAGCAUGUGUUUGGAGUGUGACUGCCAUCCUAUGGGAGCAGUUCAGCUUACUUGUGAGAGCCAGAAUGGACAGUGUGUCUGUGCUCAUCCCUCAGUGGGAGGAAGGCGCUGUGACCAAUGUCGUGAGAUGUUCUUUGGAUUCAACCCUGGUCUGGGAAGAUGCCAGCCUUGUGCAUGUGACCCAGCAGGCAGUGCCAACAGUUCAUGUGAUCCAGACACAGGAGUAUGUUUGUGUAAGCUGCUGGUAACUGGAGAAAAGUGUGAUUCAUGCCAGCCUGUAGCGAGUCAUUUUGAUCCUGAGAACCCUUUUGGAUGCAGCAAAGCCCCCUUACAGCAGCCUGCCCCGAUUGGUUUGGCUCUUAGUUACUCUUCAAUCCAUCUUUCAUGGAGUCCACCUGACUCCCCUAAUUCACAUAGGCUCAACUACACCCUCAUGAGGGAUGGACAGUCAGUUCAUACCAUCCAGAGUCACUUUCCUUUCAGCCUUGAAUCAUUUGAGGAUGGUGGUUUGUUUCCCUUUACCAACUACUCCUACUGGCUCAUAACAGCUAAUGUAGCUGGUCAGACAAUAAGUGCAUCAGCCUCGUACCAGACUUUAGGGGCACCACCUUCUGCAGAGGAGCUUCAUAUAAACCUCCUUGGACGACCAGGUCCAACCAGUGCAAGCUUUAACUGGAGCAUACCAAGAAAUGAUACAGGCCCAGUCGAGAGGUUUGUGUUAUCAUCAGUGGAGUCAUUUAAUAAAGCAGAGCCGGUUAUUCACUACACAGGUUUGUCUACAGAGGCUCUGGCAAGUGGUUUAAAGUCCUUCACACAGUACUCUGUAACACUGGAGGCAUGCUCUUCUGGAGGCUGCACCUCUGGCCCUCCACUGUCUCUUCUGACAGCUGCUGCAUCCCCAAAAAACCAGUCUGCUCCCAGGAUCAAUGCUACAGGACCUCAUACACUGCAUGGUUCUUGGGAGCCUCCCAGUCAGCCCAAUGGCAUCAUCACAAAGUAUGAGGUCUUUCUCCGUGGACCAAUGGAAUCAAAGAAUGUAUCAGCUUUUAACUCUGAGAGGAGAGUUUUCUCCAGCUCUGGUUGGCUGGACCCAAGUGUCUUCCCAGAAGGAAGUCCAACUAAAAGGAGUACCUUGUCCCCUCCUGAAACUAGUACCAUUAUAGAGGGUCUGCAGGCAUUUUCAGCCUAUCAGCUGAGAGUUGUAAGCAUCAACAGUGCUGGAAAUGUCACAUCAGAAUGGACCACAGCACACACCUUGGAGGGAGUCCCAGAGUUUGUGGCUCCUCCAGUUGUGUCUGCACUGUCACCCACCAGCCUCAACGUUACAUGGAACUCUACUGAGGGUCACGGCAUAAUUUCCAGAGGACAAGUCACAGAGUACAGAGUCAACUUACUAACUGAGCAAACCACCAAUCCCUAUGCUCCUCCAGUUGUUAGUCAGGUCUUACAUAGGAUGGGAGCAUCGUCACUGCCUGUACACAGAGUAGAGGGGCUGAAGCCAUACCAUGUUUACAACUUUUCUGUGACACUGUGCACAAAAAUGGGUUGCAUUACGAGUCUGCCAAGCACAGGGCGGACCUUACCAGCAGCGCCUACAGGUUUGUCUUCACCUCUAUUACAUCCUGUAAAUGCAACCACCAUUCAGAUAGACUGGGAUCCUCCAGAUCAACUUAAUGGACCAAGCCCACUUUAUCAGGUGGAGAGGACAGACGUAUCACUCUCUGAUCCUCAAGAGCCAGUUGUUAGAGGCACCAGAUUUCCAGGGAAUGGUUAUUACCAGUUUCCCAGUAACACUCUUCCCAACAACACUGACUUUACUGGUGUUAAGCUGAGUUUCAAGACUUGGUCCCCAGAUGGCCUCCUGCUUUGUGCCUUCUCUCCAGGAGAUCAGGAGGAGUUUUUGGCCAUCCAAAUAAAAAACGGACGCCCAUACUUUUUGUUUGAUCCUCAGGGUUCAGCAGUGGUUGUAAGUGUACAGGGUGACGGGGAACACCGCUACAAUGAUGGCCAGUGGCACAGUAUAAUAGCAACUAGACAACGGGCCGUGGGAACAAUCGUGAUAAACCAUCAAUAUAGCGGAAGUGCAUCAGCUUCUAGCGGGAACAGUAUUAUUGGUGAAAACAUGGGAUUGUUUAUUGGAGGCCUGCCUGAAGAUUUUGCUCUUUUAAGAGAUGAUUCAGGGGAUACCCAACUGGUGCGGAGAGGCUUCUCUGGCUGCCUCAGAGACAUAAGUUUAAAGAUGACUGAGAGCCCUUCAGAGGAAUGGAAAUUACUGGAUUGGAAAAAAGCCACAAAGAAGGUAGAAGUGUAUGAAAGCUGGGAAGGCUGUCCUCUUCAAACUGUAAAAGGAGUCCAUUUUCUGGGUGAUGGUUACUUGGAGUUAGACAGAGGUGUUUUCAGUGGAGGACACGACUUUGAAAUUUCAAUGGAUUUCAGAACUGACCACCUCAGUGCACUUUUGCUAUUUAUAUACAGCACACAAACUGAAGAUUGUAUGCUUGUAGAACUCGAAGCCGGUCUCUUGUCCUUUAUUCUGACGUCUGGUGGCCAUACGACUGAACUCCGCAUGUGGGUGGGACUUAGCUACUGCGAUGGAGACUGGAAACAAUUGUCAUUGGCAAAACGGGGCUCUCUCAUCUUUGCCGCAGUGGAUGAGUGGGCUGAGGAAAUUAGGGCAGUGGGAGGGGCAGCAAGACUGAGAGUUGACUCACCGUUGUACUUGGGCGGUGUGCCGACUGAACUCGCGCAUUCAGUUCUGAACGUUCAAAGUCACAAACACGGGCUUGGAGGUUGCAUACGGGGUCUAACUGUUCGCAGUGAUGAAAGAACCCCUUCUGUCAGUGGAAGUAUUAAUCUCUUGGUUGCCUACCGCCGUUCUGUUAGAGUCAACUUAGAUGGCUGUCCUACCAGUGAAAGCCGGUUUAACUGCAGAGGAAAUGAUUCAGUGCUUGUUUACACUGGGAGACAGACACAAGCCACAGAUAAUAGUUUGCAGCCUUUCACAGAGUACUUGUACAGGUUUGUCGCCUUGGCUCCAGGAGGUUUGGCAGCAUCACAGUGGCAGAGAGGACGGAGUUGUGGUAAAGUACCUACAUCUGUACCACCUCCAGCCACAGUGCAGAGUAUCAGCGGCUUCAGUGCCAAGGUGAGCUGGUUGGCGCCCACAAGUGACAUCCGAGGGCCUAUUGACAGAUAUGAGCUUAAAGCCUACAAUAAGGACCAUCCGGAAGUACCACCUAUCACAGCCACAUACCUUGCUAAUGGAAAUUUCACAGGUUUGAUGACUGGUCUCACUCCAUCAACCCAAUACAUUGUCACCGUAAGCACGUGUAGUCCUGCUGGCUGCACUGAGAGUCCUGUUGGUAACAGUGGUGAUGACAAUGAUGUAAGAUCAGGCUUUAAAACCCCAGAAGAAGUUCCAGAUGCGGUCUCUCCUCCAUUUGUAGUUUCAUCUCCUUCAGCUCUGUUUUUAACCUGGGAACCUCCAUCAAGGCCAAAUGGAGACAUUACAGAGUACUUCCUCUAUCACAACAGUGAAAUGGUCUACAGAGGGAAAAACAGGCAGCACAACAUCACCGGUCUUGCUGUGUACUCAACUAACUUCUUGGUACUUGGUGCUUGCACUAAUGUAGGCUGUACCAACAGUUCACAAGUUACAGCUCUAACAUCUCAGCUUCCACCUGGGCCCCUACAUGCUCCAAGUCUUACCUUGCUGGACUCUCGAACUAUAUUUGUGGAGUGGUCACGUCCCUCGCAGAUAAAUGGUGUUUUGAAGUUCUACUCCAUCUUCCUGUCACAUGAUGGUUCGGAGCCCAUGCUGGCCUAUAACAGCUCAGACCUUGCUGAGGAACACACGCUCCGCAACCUAACUCCAGGAACAUCUUACUCUGUCACAGUGGCUGCCUGCACAGGAGGUGGGUGCACCAGAAGCCCCCCAAGCCACGUUCAGACUGAGGAGAGUACCCCGGAGAAUGUUCCUGAACCGCUGGUCAUCCCUCUCUCCCCGCAUUCACUCAACAUCAGCUGGGCUCCUCCUGAGACUCCAAAUGGUGUUAUAACAAGUUACGGUCUCUGGAUGGAUGGAGUCCUUGUUUUCAACUCCAGUUCCACUCAGAGUUUCUUCGUAGUAGAAGGACUUUCUCCAUGGAGCCGGCAUGUAGUUAGACUGCAGGCAUGCACAGCACGAGGCUGUGGCAAAGGGCCAAUGGUGGAGUCACAUACAUUAGAGAUGGCCCCAGAAGGCCCUAUAUUGCUACAGUUGACCAAUCACAGUUCUAGAUCACUUCGAGCCCGCUGGACGGCCCCUCCUAGAGCAAAUGGGAACCUCCGCUACACACUGUACUGCAAAAGAAAAGAUGGUCAUGGUGUGCUGGAUGGAGGAUCAACAGCGGGCAUUUGGUUGUCUGUGUUUGACCUACAGCCUUACACAAACUACAGUUUCUGGAUCAAAGGAUGUAACACACAGGGUUGUGUUGAGAGCCUGCCACUCAUUGUUACUACACCCCCAGCAGCCCCAGAUGGAUUGUCCCCUCUGACUGUAGUCAACGCAACCAGCGCCAGUCUAAAUGUAUCGUGGUCUGCACCUGUCAACCCCAACGCACCAGGCCCACUCAUGUACAGCUUGCAAAUGAGAACGUCUCCACAGAGCUCUAUCUUCAGGCUUUUGGAAAAAGCAACACACACCCAGUCCUAUUAUGUAGAGGGUUUGUCACCAUUCACAAACUACCUGUUCAGAGUGGUGGUUUCACAUUCCUAUGGGCAAACAGUGGGGCCUUGGACAACCCUACGCACCUCAGAGGAUUGUCCAGGACCAGUAGACACACCGGCCAUUGUGGAACUUUAUUCUCGGAGUGUAUCAGUUACCUGGGAUCCUCCAGCACAAACAAAUGGAAUUAUUACAAAUUAUACAAUUUUUUUACUUUACCCAGGUUCCAUCAAUUCUUCAGAUUAUGAACCUAAUUUAGUCACCAGCACCAUCUCAACCUACAGCUCAAAUUUAUCAUCUAAACCAGGUCUGAUGUCCAGCAUUAUUGGAUUACUCCAAAAUUCAGAUUUUAACUUUUUGACAUCGUCAAAUCCUAGCAGACCUAAGGGCUCGAGCCACAACUCUGUGUCUUCUGCAGAUUAUGAUGACAAAUUGAGCACAAGUCAAGAAAAUGCACACAUCAUCCAUUUCUCCACCAUGAGGCCUGCUACUGUUAAAAAGAAUCAGACCAAGUCAUCUAGUGAGAGCACUGAAAGUCAUGACCACAAUAUUAUCUUAUUCAAACCAGCUGAGCCCAACACCAGCAGCGUAAAUCCAGACUUCUCACUGUCAGCCCCAAAUUAUACUGCAAGCAGCUUUAAUCCUGAUCAUUUCAUUACACAAGAGCCAUUCACCAGCCCAGUCUCCAGUUUUUUUGCUGCUGCUUCAAGAUCUACUCCGCUGUCCAUCACUGUUCCUGGAAAUACCACAAGUUACACUUUCCUCAAUCUACUUCCCUACCAAAUGUUCAGCCUCCAGGUAAGAGCAUGCACACGUGUUGGUUGCUCAGUUUCUGGGAUGUCUCAGUAUUUCCAGACCCUCCCAGCUCCACCUGAAGGGGUGCCUGCACCUCACCUUUACUCUGACACACCAACAUCUGUUCUCUUGUCCUGGGGUGCACCGGAAAGAAGCAAUGGACCACUAGAACGCUGGGAGAUUGAGCGCAGAGUUGCCACAACCAAACAAGUCUCCACAGUAGGGCAUCUUCUGCCAGUUCCUCCCCCUUUGUCGUUCCUCGACUCCUCAUCAGCUCUCAGUCCUUGGACGGUCUACCAGUAUCGGCUUGUGCUCCAUAAUCAGGCUGGAAAGUCUACAGGGCCCUGGGUCAGUGUCACCACCAGACCUUCUCGGCCAGCUGGACUGAGUCCCCCAAGAGUGAAAGUUCUUGGAUCAGAGUCGCUUGAAGUCACCUGGUCACUUCCUUUGAUUCCUAAUGGAGAGAUUCAUGGAUAUGAAAUCCGUCUCCCGGAGCCCCGAAUCUUUCAUGACACCAGAUAUUCCUCUGAGCUCAAAGUCACUGUAACAGACCUUGUUCCGUACACAAAUUACAGUAUUACUGUGCUGGCAUGUUCAAAUGGUGGAGAAUAUGUUGGUGGAUGCACGGAAAGUCUUCCAACUCCUGCUUACACAUUACCUACGAGACCUGAAGACAUUGCAACUCUUUCAGUCGUGGCAGUCAGUGAAUCUUUUCUGGCAAUUUCUUGGCAACCACCAUGUCGGCCCAAUGGACCCAACAUCAGAUACAAGUUGCUCAGACGUAAAACCCACCAGCCCCUGGCUGUCGCCAUGGUCCCCACAUUAGCAGCCACUUCCCCACCCCCCUCUGAAGAUCUCCAUCGCUGGUUCCAUGUUUACUCCGGCACCAAAUUGUUCUAUGAAGAUAAAGGCCUAAGCAGAUUCACCUAUUACCAGUACCAGCUCACGGUUUAUAAUGAUGUGGGCUACACUUCUGGAGAUAUUGUUACUGCAGUGACCAUGGCAGGGGUUCCCCUCAAACCUCCUACUUUGUCUGCUCAUGCUAUCAAUCACACAGCUGUACAAGUCAACUGGAAUAAACCUUCUCUACAGGACCUGCAGGGAGAGGUGGAAUCAUUCUUUCUCACCAUCAAGUCUUCCAAGUCAGGCCCGCUGUUGGCUUAUGGGCCUGAGGUUAUGUCUACUGUGAUAGGAGACCUUUGGCCUAGUACAACAUAUCUGAUAUCACUGCAGGUGUUCAAUGGUGCACAUAAUACAACUAAAGCAAUGGUUAACGUCACCACACCUGAUGGAGAGCCAGAAGGGAUGUCUGCUCCUGAAGUGGUUCCAGUAAAUAGCAGCACGACACGUGUCCUCUGGUUCCCUCCUUAUCGAACCAACGGAGCAGUUACUGGUUACAGCAUCUAUGUUAAUGAUCGUCUUCAUGGCAGUGUAGACAACAGCUCUGGUUCAUACCUUCUGGGGAACUUGCUGCCUUUUACAGUCUACAAUAUACAAGUGGAGGUGUGCACAGUGUAUGCAUGUACUUGCAGUAAUAUUACCAAAACAACCACUGUAGAAGACCUGCCAACUGACCUGCCCAGUCCACAUGCACAAGUAAUCAGUCCCAGAGCGGUGAGAUUAGAUUGGACCCAUCCGGGCAAACCCAGUGGGAUCAUGCUGGGCUACGAGGUUUUAAGACGGACCCUUAGAUCAUGCACUGAUGGGUCAACAGGGGUAGCACCAUCCUCAGAGAGUGCCCAUGGUUUAAGGUUUAAAUGUUUGUACCUGCAGUGUCCUGUCGGUCACAGUGUGUGUGGGACAUCCUGCUUUCAUCCAGAAACACAGAUAUGCUGCGGUGGACUACUGCACAAGAGAAAGCCACACCAUCAUUGCUGUGAUAAGCAUUAUUUUAGUUGGAAUGAAACAUCCAACCCUGUUUGCUGCAAUGGCAAACUUGUCCCAUCUCACCCUAAUCAUCAGUGCUGUGGAGGAUACUAUGUUCUCAUAAAAACCAAUGAAUACUGCUGUCCUGACCACUUGCAGGGCCGGGUCUCUGUGGGGUCUGGUGACAGCUGCUGUGGGGGGGUUCCUUACUCCAUGACAGGCGGCCAGCUUUGCUGCAAUGGGAGACUGCAUGAUGGCUAUGGGUUACAAUGCUGUGGAGGCCAGAUAGUAGAUGACAUCUUGGUUUGCUGUGAUGAUUCUGUACAUACAUAUGAACCAGGUUUUGUCUGCUGUGGAAAAGAGUAUGUAAACUCUUCAACCUCUCUUUGCUGUGUGGACUACAAUGGAUUUUCCAGAAUUUACACUUCUGGCAAUACCACAGUGAUGCUGCAGUGUUGUGGGUCAAAGGUUAUACAUAUGGACGAAGAAUGUUGCAAUGGCAUUGGCUUUGACCCCAAACGACAUGUUUGUGCCGAUCAAGCCACGGCUGGUUUGCUGAUACCGCACCAGUGUUUUCAGGGUGCUGUGUGUCCUAUGGCUGCUGCAGCUACAGCUUACUGUGGCUCCUGUGACCUUGAUCCAUCUCUGACUGCCUGUACUUGGGUUCUGACUGCACAUCCACACUCCGACACAGAAGUCCCGACAGAACUGCCAUUCAUCAGCACCACACGGAAAACCCUCACAACCGUCCUGCCUGCACAUACAAACAGAAGUAAAAACAAUAAUAAAAUAGCUGACAGAAAUGGUCAGACAAAUACUGAGAACACAGAGAAAGGGAGAAACCUUUGCCUGUCACACGAGGAAGUGGUGUACAGCGGUGAUGCCAAUGUUCACACAUAUACAGACAUUGAUCUGGAGCCCUUUACAACCUAUGAGUAUCGAGUUAAGGGCUGGAAUAGCUUUGGUCCAGGUUCCAGUGAUGUUACAACAGUGAUAACCAGUGAAGACAAACCAUGGGGAGUUGCCCCACCCCGCUGGAGUCGCCUAGGUGAACGAGAUGACAUUAUCCAGCUGUACUGGCAAGCUCCUGCCAAACCUAACGGUAUUAUAACCCAUUAUGUUGUGCUUCGAGAUGGACAAGAACGUUACCGUGGAGAUGAAAACACUUUUACUGAUGUCGGAGGGAUUAGGCCUUUUCAGGAAUUCAUCUACCAGUUGAGGGCCUGUAACCAGGCUGGUUGUACUGAUAGCACAAAGGUGGUGGCAGUGACAGACCAGGGGGUUCCAGAGGAUGUGAAGCCUCCAGUGGUAACAGCUGUUAGCUCCUCCUCUCUCCAAGUGAACUGGUCUGUCCCUUCUCAUCCAAAUGGUGUCAUCCAGAAGUACCACCUAAAUCAGACUGGUGUCGGAACCAUAUUCACACACACCAGUGGACCUAACAUAUAUACCGUGAAAGGUUUGGAGCCAUACACAGACUACAGUUUUGUGGUGGUGGCCUGUACGGCUUUAGGAUGUGCAGCCAGUGAACCGUCCACAGGUCGCACCCUGCAAGCCUCGCCCAGUGGUGUGUGGUCAAGCCCGAGACAUCUGAUAAUAAACACAUCUGCAGUGGAACUGUACUGGGAUCAGCCCGCUCAGCCUAAUGGACACAUCUUCCAGUACAGGCUUAUAAGAGACGGGCGCAGUGUUUUUACCGGAGGUCACCGAGACCAGAAUUACACCGACACUGGACUCAUGCCAAAACACAGGUAUUUGUAUGAGCUGGAGGCCAGUACAGCAGGUGGCACAGGUUUGAGUGACAAAUAUGCUAUUCACACACCAGUGACCUGCCCCACUGGGAUCCCAGCCCCCUACAACGUGAUAGUUUCAGGUCCUUACUCAAUAUCACUUACCUGGUCCCCGCCUGCUCAGCUAAACAGCCGUCAGCCUGUCUUCUAUAAUGUCCUGUUAAAUUCAGGAAGUCAGAAUGCAAUAAGUCGACAUGCUGGGCAAGACUUGCACCUCUUUGUGACGGAUCUAGAGCCUUUCACCACUUACUACAUAAGAGUGCAGGCCUGUCAAAAUGACGGGUGUGGAGUGGGAGAGGGUGUCUACAUCCUUACUUUUGAGAAAGCCCCAGAAGGUUUGCAGCCCCCAGCAGUAAAGGCACUUGGGCCAAGUGUUUUAGAGAUCCACUGGACACCUCCAAAGAAACCAAAUGGACUCAUCACCUCCUACCAUAUAUACAGGCGACCAUUAGGAACCGAAGAGGAGCUGCUGGUUCUUAUUUGGUCCAGUGGGCCCCUUGAAUUUGUUGAUGCAAGCCCCACUCUGCAACCAUUCAGCUUCUUCCAGUACAAGGUUCGCGCCCACAAUUCCAAAGGCUCAGUUGUAAGUCAGUGGGCUCUAGCCCAAACAUUACAGGCAAAGCCAGAAGAAUUGGUACCCCCUGUUGUCAGACCAACUGGUGCAUAUUCAGUCCAGUUGAGGUGGAGUGAACCAGGAGAGCCCAAUGGUCUUAUUUCCCAUUAUAGACUGUUUUACACAAAACAACAGCUGGACCCAACUCUAAACUCAACUACUAUUACAGCUCUCACUGUAGAGGGUUCAGUGUUGGAGGCAGCAGUCUUUGGUCUUGACCCAUACAGCCAGUACAGUUUCUGUGUGGAAGCUGUGAAUGGGGCAGGCAGCGUUUCCAGUCCAUGGGUGGAGGUCAUGACCCUGGAGGCUUCUCCGACCGGCCUGGGGAACUUCACAGUGGAGCAGAGAGAGGAGGGCAGAGCAUUGCUGCUCAGCUGGGAUGAGCCACAUGCUCCAAAUGGAGUCAUCAGGAUGUAUAAUUUGUACAGUGAGGGGAACCUGGAGUUCAGUGGCCUAACGCGGAGUUUCCUGUUUCGUCGUUUGGAGCCUUGGACUGUUUACUCUCUGACUCUUGAAGCCUGUACCAAGGCAGGUUGCGCGCACACCCCUCUUCAGCACAUCACCACGGCAGCUGCACCACCUGCUUCCCAGCUGCCCCCCAGGCCUCUUUCGGUCGGCUCUGACCAUGUGUCGUUUACUUGGGACCCUCCCUCACAACCCAAUGGGCCAAUUGGAAAAUAUUCUCUGCUUGGAAGGAGUUUGGAGGAGAGGAGGAGGUUAGGAAUUAAUAAAGAGGAUACUGAUGGGGCAAAGGUGCUCUUCACAGAAACAUCCCCACAGAAAGCUGAAUCCUUCUCCUACACAGUAACUGGUUUGUGUCCCUGGACCCAGUACGAGUUUAGCGUCUGUACUCACAACACAGCGGGACACACCUGUAGCCCCUGGGUAACUGUAACAACCAGACAAGCCCCUCCUCGUGGCCUAGCCUCUCCAACAGUGCGUCACGUCCAGGACCGGCCCAGCGAGGUGGUGGUGUCCUGGGCUCCUCCUUUGGAGCCAAACGGGGUUCUACAGUCCUACAGGAUACAUAGAAAUAAUGUUAGUUUCUCAUUCAGUUUUGACCCAACUGUCUUGACCUACACAGAUGAAGACCUUCAGCCAUUUUCAACAUAUAGCUAUUCAGUGACAGCCUGCACCUCAGAGGGAUGUAUAACCAGCCCACAGACCAACAUCACAACACUAGAGGCCCCACCUGUGAUGGUGGAAGCCCCCACAGUUGAUGCCAUAACAUCUGAUCAUGUAAACAUUUCAUGGGUUAAACCGCUGAUGCAGAAUGGAGAGGUGACAGUAUAUGUCCUGAAAAUGAACAACAAAGAGGCUUAUCGUGGGAGAGACCUCAACACAGCGCUGUCAGACCUGCAGCCACAUACAUCCUAUCAACUGGUUCUGUUGGCUUGUACCAGAGGUGGCUGCACUACCAGCAACACAAGAACCGUAGUUACUGAGGAAGCUCCCCCGACACACCUGGCAGCCCCUACUCUUAAGGUUACUGGCCCAGAGUCCGUUGAGAUUACCUGGAGACCACCCAAUCAUCCUAAUGGGAUCAUCACUGGAUAUGAGCUCUGCAGAGAUGGUGAAGUUAUCUACGUUGGCACAGACACCCAUUAUCAUGACUUCACUCUUCAGCCAAGCAUGGAAUACAGCUAUGUUGUCAGAGCCAACAACAGUAGAGGCACUGUCAGCAGUGAGGUAGCCACAGCAAAGUCUCAUCCAUCAGCCCCAUCUGGUGUGGGUCUCCCAACCCUAACAUCACUGGAGGCAACCCAGGUUAGAGUAGAGUGGCAGACACCAGCUCGACCUAAUGGACAGAUUGUGAGCUACGCUGUGUAUCUGAGAGAUCCAGUCCAGCUUAACAUCACCAGUGCUGUCUUCACUCCAGAGCAUAGUGUCUUUUCUGACAAACAAAUCAUUCUGCGGGGGCUGAGCCCUUACCGUAGGUAUGAAGUAAGGGUAGAGGCUUGCACAGUGCUGGGCUGUUCCUCCAGUGACUGGUCCUCGGUACUCACACUGGAGGCUCCCCCUGCCGGUCAGCCGGCGCCACUCUUAGAUCUCACACCUGACCCUCCUACCGGCCUGCGGACAAGCUUUCUUCUCACAUGGUCCCCCCCGGCUCAGUCGAAUGGUAGGAUCCUACAUUAUGAGGUGUACCGCAGGCAGAGCGCCUUGGACACUGACAAGACGGGUACAGCAACAGUCGUUUAUAAGAAUAUCUCUACAUCAUUCAAAGAUGGCGGACUCCAGCCUUACACAGCAUACCAGUACCAGGUGUGGGCUGUAAAUUCAGCUGGAUAUGCUUCCAGUCCAUGGGUCAGAGGGAGAACAGGACCUGCCCCGCCUCAGGGUGUGGGGGUGCCUGUUGUCUUGGAUGUUUCAGCAACCUCAGCAGUCGUGGGCAUCUCCCCUCCAGCUCAACCCAAUGGGAUUGUGAGCCUCUUCAGAGUGUUCUCAGUGGACCAGAACAACCGCACUCUGGUACCAAUGCUCUCAGAGGGUACAUCCCAUCAACAGACUCUCCAUGGUUUGCGUCCUUACACACAGUACUGGGUGGGAGUUGAGGCUUGCACCUGUUAUCAGUGUUGUAGCCGGGGUCCAGUGAGAGAGCUCCACACUCUUGCUGCUCCCCCAGCCGACCAGCGCCCCCCUCGUCUCAUCAACCUGACCUCCCGCUCCGUGCAGGUGGAAUGGAACGAGCCUGUAGCACCUAAUGGAGUCAUCGACAACUGCGAGCUUCAUCUCAGGUCCUCCUGCCCGCCGCCCCCCCAGCCCAUACCGUCAGCCUGCACAGAGGGACCAACAGAAAUCUGUUUCUUUGGCAAAAAGUGGAGCUAUAAUGUCACAGGUCUCCAACCAUACUCUACCUAUGAGCUGAGUGUUGCAUGCUUCAAUAACAUGGGCAGCACUGCCUCCAACUGGACAGCUGUCAGCACACUCAGUGAACCUCCCCAGUAUGUGUCUCCUUUCUCUGUGGACAGCAACUUGACAGUGAUCUGGCUGGACUGGACAGGGACCUUUUCCCUCAACGGCUAUCUGAAGGAAUACACCGUGACCGAGAGCCAGCUCAGAGUUUACACUGGCUUCUACAGCUACCUUCAUAUUCCACGCACCUCACAGAAAACUUUAUCCUUUCAGGUAACUUGCAUCACAGACAAUGGCAGUGCCAGCACGCCCACCAUCAGAUACAGCCCGGCUACAGGCCUCGGUUAUCUUGAGCCUGUUGAUGGCGAUAAGCAGGGUGUCAGCAUUUCAGCCACGCCUGUUUACUCUGAAUUAUGGUUCAUUCUGCUAUUUGCGUUGCUGGGUCUGUUCCUGCUUGCAAUACUGAUUGGCUUAUUGCUAAAAAGAGCUUUGAGGAAGAAUCCAUCAGCCAGAGAGCGCCCUCCACUGGUCAUGCUUCAGAAGACCAGAAAGGCUGGAGGAGACAUGUACAUGAGGCCCUGUCCUGAGCUGUGCUCUAAACAUCUCUCCGGCUCUAUGCUUUUCCUUGAUCAACCUACAUUUGACACUGUAGCAGACUGUGUUGAGAUCAGCAACGUUAUACUUAAAAGCUACACUGUGUACACAGAGGGUGUGACAGACACAAAGAUUGUUGGCAGCAGCUCACGCUAUAGCCCCAUGUCUGUCCUGCGAGCUCCCAGUCAAACUGACCUAACUCAAGCCUACUCCCAGCAUUCCCUGCACCGCAGCGUCAGUCAGUUGAUUGACAGGAAGUCACUGAUGAUGGAGGAAGGAUGUUGGGAUAACCCACUGGGACAUGAUUCUGGACUGUAUGUGGAGGAAGACGAGUUUGUGGACGCCAUCAAGGCCAUAAGUUCAGGGAAAAAAGAGCACACCAAUUUCACUGACACUCAUCUGUAGCUUGACCACCAGAAGAUUGAUGGAUUGUUAAAUAAAGAGAACAAGAGACAGAUAAGAACAGUUUAAUCUUUCUUUACUGCACUGUGAAGUGAAAUGUCAGGAUUCGAAAGCAUCAAGUCAACAAAAGAAGUACCAAACGUACCAGACUGAUGUUGAAACGAAAUAAAAAACGUUAAAGGCAAAAGAAAACAUCACUAGACACAUGUAAAUGUUUUAUGUUUCUUAUCAUCAAUAUUCAUUUAAACAACAUUAAAUCAAAAUACCUUGCACAAAAACAACUCAAUAUGUUGGUGUCUAGAGGUGAGGAAGUGAAAUAGGAUGAUAAACAGAGCAACUUUGUGCACACAAAUUUGUUGAGUGGUUCUAAAUUCCAGCUUUAUCUGAAACUCAUGUUUCUAGCCUGUUUAAGCAUUUUCUGCUGAGUUUGAACAACACAGAUGUGCCAGCAGCUGUACAGCACCUUAGUUACCACACUCACGCGUCCACACCAGCGCCACUGUCUCCAUCAAAACUAUGCUGCCGUAAUUUACUUUUUCUGCUGUGUCCCUUAAGGGGACAUCUAGGCAAGUUUAAAAUUAACAAACUGGCAGUAACAACCGAGGCCCCCCCUGCUCAAGGACGCCAAUCUGACAAGGGCACUUCUGAAGCGUUCGCGGCCGCAUUCACAGCUAUUGUCAGCCACAGAGGGAGGGGAGAGGCUGUGAAAAAGAGAGUUUGUGGAGUGAUUGUGAGGGACAGUAUGGCCCUGAGCUACACACACACUUACAGGCACACACACACACACACACACACACAAAGGCUUUUAUUAAACUCAUAAAUCACAAUGAUGACAGACGCCAUCUAAGAGACUGUCUGACGGGAAGGUUAGUGAAAUCAUGGAGCUAUGGAAGGAAAAAAAGCACUUUUCUGAUGCUCAAAACAAAAAAUUUUUGCUUUUUACAAAGUGUCCAAAUUAACCAUACAAAAAAACUCAUCUCAAAAGCUUCACUGUAGUUUUUUAUUGUUAAGUUCAGCCUACAAUACCUUAAAAUGAUCAUUAAAACAUCAGAUUGUUUGGAUUAAUGUCAUCAAAGUUCUUUUCCUGUUUUUGCAGUCAAGCAAGUAAAACCUGGAAAUGCCAAUAUCUUUAUGACAAUAAAGUAAUAUAGUGUACAGUGUUACAGAAUACAUAUAAAAUGCAUUAUAUAAAAAAAAUACAGUUUUAAGAGUGGUCUGAAAUAAACAUCACAGGUGCAAACUUGAAGUAGGCAUGGGGAGGUUAACAUUAUGGUUUAAAAAGUUUGGGAUUCAAAUUCGCAAAAAUGUUCCUAAACUAACGGAAAGCUGUGACUCUUUAAAAGGGAGUGAUUCCUUUUCAUUGUUGCCAUAUGCAUGCUCAGUAUGAGGGAUUGCUGCAAAGUUGAAGAUGCAACCAACCGUCCACUGUCGUCAUGCGCUUGCUGUGGAGGUGGAGUUGCUUUUAAGUCUGUGACACAAUGCAAUUGGCUGGGCUUUCUUAGACAACCUUUAACCAGUUGGCAUUAUAAACUGAAUUUUAAAGAUUUUUAUACAUUUCUGUAUACAGUGUAAAUGAAAUGUGUCUCAGAAAGUGCCUUGAAAUAAGUUUUAAAUUGGCACUAUAUGAAUAGGUUAAAUGGAAAUGAAACUGCACUCGGUUCCUAUAUAAGUAGCUGUUUAUAUGUAAUAAGAUUACUAUAACUGUACUCUUCAAUGUGUUAGAUUAUCUUUGCAGUAGAAGACAUAAUCAUUAGUUUUCUGUUUUAUAUAAAUGCAGUUAAAUAUUGUAAUGCAUUUUUAGCAACCAUUUCUUUGUAUAUUGGGAUACCGUAAUCUCAUAGCAGCCCAUGCCUACUAUCAGGUUGGAAAAGACCAAUAAUGCUCUGUUCAUUACCAGGUUGUGAGGAACAUCUCUGUAAUUUAAACUACAUAAAUAUUCUUAUUUAAUGUUAACUUCAUGAAUGAGAAGUUUUGAGGGCAGCUGUAAAUAGGAUUACCUCAUAUUGCAGCAUUUCCUAAAUUCAGCACAUAAAACGAUAUCAUACGAAGAAGCUUAAGCAACCACAUGUGGGUGUUUUAGCUCGUUAGAAUCUGGCUGUAAUAUAAUGUAAACAUAGCCAGAGAGGAGUUGAUGGACAACAGACAGAACAUGCAGCAAACAAAAAACUAUACACUACAAUACAUAUUAAACUGUAUAUUUGUAAUCUAAAAUAAACACUCAAAACUGUAAUAUUAGAGUGAAUAGUGCAAGAAUAAAUAUGUGAUUACAUCAAUAUAGGCCUUUUAUCUAUACAUGUUAGUAUAAACACACAAUAAAACACACGAGUGCAUCCUUUUUAGGACUUUGCUUUGAAUAUGCAUGUCGACUGUCUGCAAUGUUAGUGUAUCAAGAUCUAUGUGUCGUUGCACAAGCAGCGACCACAGUGAGCGUAGCGACUUUAUUAUUUCAGACUCACAUUUCAGGAUGUUGUUUUCGGGCGUAGUUAAAGCAACACCAACCUUAAACUAGCCUCAUACAACAAGUCUGAAAAAGCCUUUACUAAUGCAUCAUACCCAGCUGUUGUUCUCAUUGUGGUUUAUAAUUAACUCUAAUCUGGUUCGCUUUAAAUCUAUCAUAAAACGAUUCAAGCCCAAGUCAGAGCAGGUCCAUUAUGUUCCUACACAGUGAUCUGCCUCUUCACAAUCCUUUGGUCACUAAUAUACUUCUCCAUUAAAACACAACAGUUAAAUAAGGCACUACAACAGCCAUCUGACACAACGCACAUCAACACCUCAUUUAAACGAACUUAAGUGAGGGAGUAUAUGUGUAAAUCCUCUCAUUAGGUCUAAUAUAAGGUAUGAGAAAUGAAACUAAUAAAUGUUAUUAGUGUUAUUAAAUGAUCUUGCACAGGCACCUUUGGGGAAAUGUACAUAAUCUCAUGUGGGAAAAGAAGCACUUAUUCUCCUAAAGCUUUAACUCAGAUACGAGCUCUAAACAAGAAGCACUGAAAAGCAUUCAUGUAAAUGUUCUUUUUUAAAGACUGCCACUUGUCUGCUUUCAAAUAUACAUUAGCUUGCAAAAGAAUUCCUGUUUCCUUGAACAUUUUUACAUUUUCUCUCGUUACAACCACAAACAUCAAUUUAUUUUUAAUUGGGGAACAUAGUUUUUAAGAUUUUUGAAUGCUUUGAGCAGGAUGGUUUUAUUGUAACUGUGGAAGUGUGUUUAGUGUUGCUGUACUGCUGAAAGUUGGUCCUCCAGUCCAGUAUCAAGUCUUUUUCUUCUAUGGCUGUCCUCUAAUUUAGUUCCAUCUAUCUUCCCAUUAACCACCUUCCCUAUUUCUAUUGAAGAAAAACAUCCCGCAGCAUUGUGCUGCCACCACUGUGUUUCUCAGUGAUGAUGGUGUGGUCCGGAUUAUGUGCUGUUAGUUUUCAGCCAU